AUGGAAGCCGAAUACUUGAAGAGCGAGACCGCCUUUCUGGAAGAGUUGGUGUUUGGAAGUGGAGAUACCAUUGAACUUUCGUAUGGUAUUGGGAUUGCACCUACCAACAGAACUCAUAUUGGACAAAAACUGUUGAAGAUAAUCAAUGUGUCCUAUGAUGACUCAGGGCUGUACAGUUGCAAGCCAAGGCAUUCCAAUGAGGUCCUGGGAAACUUUACAGUCAGAGUUACAGAAUACUUGAAGAGCGAGACCGCCUUUCUGGAAGAGUUGGUGUUUGGAAGUGGAGAUACCAUUGAACUUUCGUGUAACACCCAAGGCUCUUCUGUGUCUGUUUUCUGGUUUAAAGAUGGUAUUGGGAUUGCACCUACCAACAGAACUCAUAUUGGACAAAAACUGUUGAAGAUAAUCAAUGUGUCCUAUGAUGACUCAGGGCUGUACAGUUGCAAGCCAAGGCAUUCCAAUGAGGUCCUGGGAAACUUUACAGUCAGAGUUACAGAUUCCCCUUCAUCGGGUGAUGAUGAAGAUGACGACGAUGAGUCAGAAGAUACAGGUGUCCCCUUCUGGACCCGGCCAGAUAAGAUGGAGAAGAAGUUGCUGGCAGUUCCUGCGGCCAACACCGUUCGCUUCCGAUGUCCGGCGGGUGGAAACCCAACUCCUUCCAUCUACUGGCUGAAAAACGGCAAGGAGUUCAAGGGAGAGCAUAGGAUCGGGGGCAUCAAGUUGCGACACCAGCAGUGGAGCUUGGUGAUGGAGAGUGUCGUGCCAUCAGAUAGAGGAAAUUACACCUGUGUUGUGGAGAACAAAUAUGGCAACAUUAGGCACACAUACCAGCUUGAUGUAUUAGAAAGGUCACCCCACCGACCAAUCCUGCAAGCAGGGCUCCCUGCCAACCAGACUGUGGUGGUAGGGAGCAAUGUGGAGUUUCACUGCAAGGUCUACAGUGAUGCCCAGCCUCACAUCCAGUGGCUGAAACAUGUGGAAGUCAACGGCAGCAAAUAUGGACCCGAUGGGACGCCCUACGUCACGGUGCUGAAGACGGCAGGUGUUAACACAACGGAUAAGGAGCUAGAGAUUCUGUACUUGCGAAAUGUUACUUUUGAGGAUGCUGGGGAAUAUACUUGUCUCGCAGGGAAUUCUAUUGGGUUCUCACAUCACUCUGCUUGGCUGACGGUGCUACCAGCAGAGGAGCUCAUGGAAAUGGAUGAUUCAGGCUCGGUGUACGCUGGCAUUCUCAGUUAUGGCACUGGCUUUGUUCUCUUCAUCCUGGUGCUGGUCAUUGUGAUUAUCUGCAGGAUGAAAAUGCCAAACAAAAAAGCCAUGAACACCCCCACUGUACAGAAAGUCUCCAAAUUUCCACUCAAGAGACAGGUGUCAUUGGAGUCCAACUCUUCCAUGAAUUCCAACACUCCCCUGGUCCGGAUCACGCGUCUCUCCUCCAGCGACGGGCCGAUGCUGGCCAACGUCUCUGAGCUGGAACUGCCUCCUGAUCCCAAGUGGGAAUUGGCACGAUCUCGCCUGACCUUGGGGAAGCCGCUUGGCGAAGGGUGUUUUGGCCAAGUGGUGAUGGCAGAAGCAAUUGGGAUUGAUAAGGACAAGCCAAACAAGGCCAUCACAGUUGCUGUCAAGAUGUUAAAAGAUGAUGCCACUGACAAGGACCUUUCAGACCUGGUCUCUGAGAUGGAAAUGAUGAAAAUGAUUGGGAAGCACAAAAACAUUAUUAAUCUCCUCGGUGCUUGCACGCAGGAUGGACCACUCUACGUGUUGGUGGAAUACGCGUCGAAGGGAAACUUGCGGGAAUACCUCAGGGCACGUCGCCCACCUGGCAUGGACUAUUCCUUCGACACCUGCAAGCUGCCCGAGGAGCAGCUGACAUUUAAAGACCUGGUUUCCUGUGCCUACCAGGUGGCCCGGGGCAUGGAGUACUUGGCGUCUCAGAAAUGCAUUCAUCGCGACUUGGCAGCCAGGAACGUGUUAGUCACUGAAGACAAUGUGAUGAAAAUAGCUGAUUUUGGCCUCGCUAGAGACGUUCACAACAUCGACUAUUACAAGAAAACCACCAAUGGUCGGCUGCCUGUGAAAUGGAUGGCUCCAGAAGCCUUGUUUGACCGGGUCUAUACUCACCAGAGCGAUGUCUGGUCUUUUGGAGUGCUACUAUGGGAGAUCUUCACUUUGGGAGGGUCUCCGUAUCCGGGAAUUCCCGUUGAGGAACUCUUCAAACUCUUGAAGGAAGGCCAUCGGAUGGACAAACCCGCAAACUGCACCCAUGACCUGUACAUGAUCAUGCGGGAGUGCUGGCACGCUGUCCCCUCGCAGCGGCCCACCUUCAAGCAGCUGGUGGAAGACCUGGACAGGGUCCUCACCGUGACGUCCACCGAUGAGUACCUGGACCUCUCGGUGCCCUUUGAGCAGUACUCACCGGCCGGCCAGGACACCCACAGCACCUGCUCCUCGGGGGAUGAUUCGGUCUUUGCACAUGACCUGCUGCCCGACGAGCCCUGCCUGCCCAAGCACCCUCCCUGCAACGGCGUCAUCCGGACGUGAGGACACCCCGGGCAGACGGAUGGACAAACGGACAGACGGGCAGUGUGCCCACGGAGGCGCGAGGGUGGGGCGCCGAGGACGAAACCGUAGUGAAGGAUCUUCCAGUGGAACUGUUUGGUGGUGCCCAGAGAUAUGUGUUGUUGUCAAGCUGUUCAGGGUAAAAAAGAAAAAAAUAACUUUUUUUUUUUGUUCUUUGAUAUUUUUUUUUUCCCAUUUGCUGUAUAAAAAGUCAAGAAGCACUGUUUGGCCUGAAGGAACUAAUCUCUUGCCAAGAUGAUUUCUCAUAUAUAAUUUUUUUUUUUUGGUUUAUUUUUCAUUUUGGUUUUUUUUUUUUUUUUAAACUAAGCAGAAUGUUGAACUUGGGGGGUGCUGACCUCCCAGCCUCCGUGCUUGUGAUUCGAGUGCCAGAGUAGCCAUUCUGUGCCUGCAAUACGAAGAAGAGGAAAAAAAAAUCUUCCUUUUUUAAAAAAGAAAAACACAGACAAAAAAAAAGUGUAAAGAAUGUAGAAAUUCUUUGCUUAUGCAAUCUGUACAUGAACCUUUUUGGUGGAGCUGAAAAGCCACGUUGCCUGCAGGGAUUCAUAUAUUUAUAAAAAUAUCUAUAUUUUUAUUGUCGUCGUUUUUAUAGCUUCAUGAUCUUAUUACCCAGCUACAUAGAAGGAAUCCUUUUUGGAAGAAGAAAAAAAAAAAAAGAAG